GGGGUCUUUAGCAGUGGGAGGAAACCGGAGGACCCGGAGAAAACCCAUGAGGUUGGACAGGCGACCCUACUCCUUGCCUCGUACAACCGAAAACUAAAGGGGAGCCGAGGUGGCUCAGUGAGUAAGAUGCUGGCUCACGAAUCAGGAGGUCUUGGGUUUGAUCCUUCUGUUGGUUGAGAACAGUGACUAGUUGUUUGGAUGGAACAGAAAACGGAAGUCCUGACAUCUUAGGGUCAAAAGUCGCUCGUAUGACCCCUGACACAACCUCCCACUACAACUGGUCAGAUCUUCAAGUAGUAGAUAGAGGCCAUCGAAAGAAUAAAAAAAAAGAAAUAUAGAUCUGUAUUGUAAUCAGAUUCGUAUUUCAUUUGAUAUUCUUUUAAGUUGGAGAUUUGAAUGAAUGAAUGAAUGAAUGAAUGAAUGAAAUAAGGUUUAUUGUUCUACUUUUCUGCUCCAACCAGCCUUUGGAAUUUCUUCCCUGGAAAAAUUCCUCUCUCCAGUGAGAUUAGAAAUUCUUACCUAGGUAGUCAAGUCAGGUGUGUCCCGUGGGUCAACCUUUGUUCUGUGCCAACAUUCAGAUUUCACAUCAGUGACACUGUCCAAUUCUCUUGCAUUGGAGCGAGACCACCAGUUUUCUUUUUACACCAGGAAUGUAUAGCCCAAGACAUAAUUAGAUAUAUUUUUCUUUCUUUCCUCCCAUAUUGGAUUGCAUUCUUAUCUGUAUUGACUUUUGGUGAAUGAUUGGUGUAGUGUAGGCAUUGAAUUUAUAUGUUCUGUCUGAUUGACAUUUUUAAUGUGGAAGAAUAAAAUGCUUUGUUUUGUUUCAGCACUAUCCCAGAAAUGAUAUUCUGGCAGGCUCCUAAUAAUUUCAGUGAAUUGAAUUUACAUUUUGGUGUUUUAUCUCAUACACGAUUAGUAUUCUGAUGAUGACCUGAUAACAUACUGGCUAUGUUGUAUGAGGGGAUGGGAUACGGCUAGUGGAAAAUACCUGAUUUAACUGUGCAUAUAAUAUCUUGUAGUCAAUAAUGGAAAAACAUUGGUGGUCUGCAUCCAAUAAAUGUAACAAGAGUUACCCCCCAUUUCCAAAAAAAAGCUUGUAAAUUACAUUUGUGGCACAGCAGACGAAAGAGUGGGAAUGUCAAACCGUGUGAACAUCGGAUCAUUUCUAAUGGACCCAGAAAGUGAUAAUGUGUUGCUGAACAAACAUUUAAAUUUAGAAAAAGUUGAGAAGAAUCUUUACAGAAGUACAUAUCAGCAAAUGAACGUAGGAGGGAGAAAUGUCUUUGGGGGUCAGGUGAUCGGACUGGGGUUAAUAGCUGCCGGUGAUACGGUUGAACCUGGAUAUCAUCUACAUAGUUUACAUUGUUACUUUCUUAGAGGAGGAUUAGAUCAGCCGAUAUUAUAUCAAGUUGAAGCAACUCGAGAAGGUUCAACAUAUUGUAGUCGGAGUGUAAAAGCUAUUCAAAAUGGUCUCACUUUAUUCACCAUGCAAUGCUCAUUUAAAAAACAAGAAUCUGAUUCAUUUGAACAUCAGUUUAAAAUGCCAGAUGUACCAAAACCAGACGAAUUAAAAGACAGAUCUCAGUUAUACAAAGAUUGGAUUGAUGAAACAGAUCCAUCUGAUGAAAAUUUACAUGGAUUAUUAAGAAGAUACAAGAUGAGAGCAGAAACAGAUACGUAUGAAGUAAGACCUGUAGAUCCACAGAGAUUCCGACGUGAUAAAGGUGGAGAACCACGAGAAUGCCUGUGGAUUCGUGCAAAACUACCUUUAGGUGACGACGCCCAUUUAAAUAAAUGUGUAGCUGCAUAUUACUCAGACAUGCAUUUAGCAGGCAUUUCUUCGUAUCCCAAAGCACGUAUUCCUGGGACUUUUCAGUUCUUUGUGACAUCAUUAGAUCACUCAGUGUGGUUCCAUCAUCCCUUCAGAAUAGACGAUUGGGUGUUAUAUGAAAUGGAAAGCCCACAUGCAGCUAAUGGUCGUGGAUUUGGUGUGGGGAGAUUCUGGUCUCCUGAUGGUAAAUUAGUUAUGUCAGUGGCUCAGGAAUCAGUGUUACGAACACUUAAAGCCAAAUUAUGAUCAAAUUAUUUUAAUUUUUCUAGGAAAUCUUGUGAUAUAUCAAUUUCUAAAUGGAUGCUUUAAAUUUUUAAGGGAUGAGACUAUUUAGACAAUUAACUGCCGAGAUAUACACGUUUUAAUUUUUAAUUUAUAUGGAUUUGGUUGUGGAAAUUUUUAUCCUUUCUCAAUGAUGCACAGAGACUUUAAGAAAUCAAUAAUUAUUUAAUUGAUGAUAUAAAUGUGGUUUUGUUUUGUUAACCAAGAUGUAAUAUUUAUAUUUCAUCAAGUUUGAUUACAUUAAAAUUGAUAAAUAAAUUUAUAUCAUGUUGUUAAAACUUCACAUGGCAUCAAGGCUAGUAGUCUUUUUGAUGUAAAUAUAUUUGUAUAGUCAUUAUUACCGGUAUAUUAAAAUGGAUGAACAAGUUUUAUAUUUUCAUAUUGUUAAAACCUCCCAAGGCAUCAAGACUCGAAGUCUUUUUGAUAUUUAUAUAUUAACCUUACAGUACUGUUACUAUAUAUAAAGACAUCAAAGAAGAUAGUCAUUUUGAUAUUUAUAUAUUAACAUGUUUUUAUAUUAAUGUUUGAGUGUCU